AUGAGGGGGUUACUGGUUCUAACCGCUCUUUUUGUGGCCGUGUUUGGCAAAGUGACAUUUGAGGGAGACCAGGUUCUUCGGAUCACUGCAAAAGAUGCAGAGCAGAUCGCUCUCCUGAAGGAACUCCCUGUAGAGACACUCGGGCUGGACUACUGGAUGCCGCCCUCUCGUGCAUCCCUGCCUGUGGAUGUUUAUGUCCCAUUUCACAGCCUACAGGCAGUCAGGGCGUUCCUGGCGUACAAUCAGAUCCAGUAUCACGUCAUGAUUGAGAAUGUCCAGGAUCUGGUGGAUGAUGAGGAACGUGAGAUGGUGAAAUAUCGUUCCUUUCCAAGAAGUACCGAUGACUUUGUCUACACCACCUACCAUGAUCUGAACUCUAUUAACUCUUUCAUGGACAUGCUUGUCGCAGAGAACAGUAAUCUGGUCAGCAAAAUUGAGAUUGGUAAGAGCUACGAGGGCCGCUCCUUGGACGUCCUGAAGUUCAGCACUGGAGCGAACCGUCCAGGUAUCUGGAUCGACACUGGCAUCCACUCCAGAGAAUGGAUUACACCGGCCAGCGCAAUCUGGUCUGCCAAAAAGAUCGUGACCGAUUACGGACGUGACCCUGUCCUCACUGACAUCCUUAAUAACUACGAUAUCUUCUUGGAGAUCAUCGCCAAUCCUGAUGGUUUCGCAUACACCCACAGCAAUGACCGCAUGUGGCGUAAAACCAGAAAGCCAAAUCCUGGCUCCAGCUGUGUUGGCGUUGACCCCAACAGGAACUGGGAAGUUAGCUUUGGAGGGUCUGGUGCCAGCAGCAACCCAUGCUCUCAGACUUACCAUGGUCCCAGCGCUCAUUCUGAGCCCGAGGUCAAGGCCAUUGUGGACUUUGUGAAAUCUCACGGCAAUCUCAAGACCUUUGUGUCCAUCCACAGCUAUUCCCAGAUGCUCCUCUAUCCAUACGGAUACACUAGCGCUCCUGCAAAGGACAAGGCUGAACUGCAUGAACUCGCCAGAAAGGCUGUCUCUGAACUCCAGUCUUUAUAUAACACUGCCUACACAUAUGGCGACGUCAUUACUACCAUCUACCAAGCUGAUGGAAUCACUAUUGACUGGACAUAUGAACAGGGCAUCAAGUACUCCUACACCUUUGAGCUGAGAGACACUGGCCGCUAUGGUUUCAUCCUGCCUGCCAAUCAGAUCGUCCCCACUGCUGAGGAGACCUGGCUGGCCCUGAUGGCCAUCAUGGAGCACACCAAAAAUAAUCCAUAUUAAACAUAUGACAUAAGCGUCGGAUAAUGUACAGUGAAUGGGUCAAUAUGGCAAAAAAAAAGGGUCAUUGCCAUAAUGACUGUCAGAUUGUAGAUUAUCCAGCUUAUUACAUUGCCUCUUGAUUAAUAAAUGAAUAGGCCUACACUGACAUGAAACAUUGAUUUGAGUUAAAAGUUUUUUUUUAUAAUCUUACCUGUAUUUUCUCUUAAAGCUUCUGCUAAAAAUAUUUUCAUACAAUGUGCAAAACAUAAGGCUUAGCAACGACGAACACUACAACACUAAAGUAGUAUUAUAUUAGAGUCCUCGGAGGCUCUUUUCACUUCAGUCGCAAGAUGGAUAUAAAAUAUGGCUUAACAAUACGGCACUGAAACGGUACAGUAAUAUUAAUCUUAAAGUCCUCUGGGGCCAUUUUCACUACAAUUGAGAAAGUAGCGAAAUAAAAGUAACGCCAGUUAAUUAUCGCUGAAUAGCGCAACUGACCAAUCAAAAUCAAGUAUUCCAGAGUGUAGCGUAGCUACAUUGAGUAAGAGCAUAAAAUAGUAGCUACAAACAGUUAACCAAUGGGAAAUCUUACUUUUCGGAUUCAAAUUAGACCAACCUACCUUUUGUAAAUGAUUUCAAAAAGUUAUGUUUUGAAGGAAAAAAAUAAAAAUUACAUGACUAACUAACGUGUAGCCAGCUGAAUAAUUGGUAUGUUGUUAAACAUCUGUGCAAUCCAUUGAAUGCACUGUACUUG